CAGAGCUACCAAUAAGGGUCCCGUGCUAAUUUUCCUGUGUGCGCCAAUGAAAACGGGGCUCGCUCGCCUUAUAUAUACGUACUCCAGCAACGGAGCAUUAGGCUUUGCCAAAAUUUUAUCUGCUUUUCUUUAAGCUAUGGCUCGUACAAAGCAGACCGCUCGCAAGUCCACCGGCGGCAAGGCCCCGCGCAAGCAGCUGGCCACCAAGGCCGCCCGCAAGAGCGCCCCGGCCACCGGCGGCGUGAAGAAGCCCCACCGCUACCGGCCCGGCACCGUGGCGCUGCGCGAGAUCCGGCGCUACCAGAAGUCGACCGAGCUGCUGAUCCGCAAGCUGCCGUUCCAGCGUCUGGUGCGCGAGAUCGCGCAGGACUUCAAGACCGACCUGCGCUUCCAGAGCUCUGCCGUCAUGGCUCUCCAGGAGGCCUGCGAGGCCUACCUGGUGGGUCUGUUUGAGGACACCAACCUGUGCGCCAUCCACGCCAAGCGCGUCACCAUCAUGCCCAAGGACAUCCAGCUGGCCCGCCGCAUCCGCGGGGAAAGGGCAUAAAGGCCACUGAAUGCAAAGCUGAACCCAACGGCUCUUUUCAGAGCCACCCACAUUUUCUGUAAAAGAGUAUGUACCUCCUUUGUCAGCUGGUAACCUAUGAUUGGGCAU